AAACUCUAGGAUAGGACGGACUCUGUGUGUGUGUGUGGGUAGAUAAGAAUGGCGAAGGCCGGUUCUCAACUUGUUGUUAAAGGCGCUGGCCUGUUAAGGGGCUGGCGGCCUGGGCGUCGGCCGUUAUAGGUAGCGGACCCCCCACCGACCCAAGUUGUUGACACGUUAACACACACACACACUAGUUUUCCCUUCCCAGUCGUCUUACCGGAAGCUACGGCUUUGGGUGUCGGGGAAUUGUCACCCGUCCGCCAGUUGUGUCCGCCAAUUGAUUUUGAAUGGAUUAGGAGCCAAAUUGUCAAAAAAUUAAGUUCGUUUUUUAAAUUUCAAAAAAUGGCGGGAGUUUGAAAAAGUGUUUUUUUAACAAAAUACGACAAGUGGGUGAUGGGCAGAGCGGAAGAGUGUGGAUUAUGAGUGGUCGAGAUCACAUAACGAUCCCGUCUCAGAAAUCCAAAUAUUUCAAAUCCAUCGGCGAUUUCGACGCAGUCGACGAUUUAGCGGUCAAAACAUUCAGCGCCGGAUCAGUUGCACUCCAAGUCAAUUUGGGACGCGGUCUCAUCAAUUCCGCUUUCGACAUCCACACGAUCCAGGAUCCCGAAGAGAAGGCCCUGGCCCAGCGACGACUCGACUGCCGCAAGCAUCUUCUAGAAAUGAGGUCCAGGAAUGCCGAUCUGAUGGACCCCGAAUCCGGCGGACAGACGGUCAUGCAGCAGGAAGACUUACAGGAAUGGUUGGACAAUUUGCAUUUAAAGUUAAAACAGGCCUGUUCGGGUGUGUCGACACCUGCGACGGGUUCGUCCGGCAAUCCUUUGGGCCCUCCGGUGCGACCUGCGCGCCCGUCUCGCCGAUCUGUCGCUGCCAUCGCCGUGGCGGCCGCUGCCCAAUCGAAAUCGUCGACGGCUUUCCAUCUGCCUCUUCCGCUUGGCUCCACUCUUCCGGUUCCUCCUCCUUCCUUCUCCUACUCGCUCCUGCCUCCUCCGUCGCCGGCGUCCAGCAGCAGCGGCGGCAGCAGCGGCGGCAGCGCCGACCCGUCCAUCAUCCAUAAGUUUAAAGCGGCCAGUGGAGCGGCCGUUGGUUAUCCGCACAUCAUCCGGCCGCGUUCCAUCAACGGAUUGGCCGACCAGGGAGCCGCCGCUUUGACCGACGGCCAGUACAUUGAGCGUCUGCAGUUGGCGCUGCAGCAAGCGUCCAUCUCGUCUCUCCAGGAGAGGCUGGCCGAGCGCAAAGUCCAGUCGGUUGUCCAACUCUCGUCAACCAGCGGAUCCGUCCGACCCAAGACGACAGUUCACGUCAAAUCGCCCGUCAAGGUCCGUCGGCACACUUCGCCCAGCAAGGGACACCAUUCCAAGCAUCACGUGACCAUCAGGCCGUCCAAAUUGAAAGGUACAACGUCGUCCAGUUUGCCGGCGGUCAGUCCAGCCCCGUCCCAGCCGGUCCCGGCAUUGCUGGCCAAACACUCGAAGAGCAAAGGGACGGGCAAGGGCAAAACGGGCCGCUCCAGUCGACACCGGGCCGACGAAGGAUCGGCCGACAGUUUAGUUUUGUCCAAUUCCACAUCACCGUCUUCCGACCUGAUGACCACGUCCAGGGCUCAUCACAUACCCCGUCUGUCGGACGUGGCGGCAGCGCCGGCCCAGUCGGACACACAGGCGCCCAGGCGAUCCUUCAUUUCCGGCGAUUUCUUCAACUGCGGCCAGACAGUGGACGAUAUCUACCAGGCGGCCGAGCAUUUGAUAUUGCCGCCGGCCCGUCGCGACGCCAACAUGUCUGAGCAGUCGGGCAGCAGCAGCAGCGCCGUCCAGUACGACACUGGGCCGUUGAUUCACCACCAAGGCUCGUUGGCCCAGCAAGUGGAGGAGAUUCCCAUCGUCGAAGACUUUUGGGGCGCAGCUCCCGACUACUGACAUUUUUAAAAAAGGCCACAUUGUUUGGGUUUGAGUUGGAAGCCGGAACGGACGGACCAAAGAAAAGUUGCAACAACAGCGGGGCAAAAGUGUUGACCCCCGAGCCGUUUUUUUUGGGGUUGUUGUUGUUGUUGUCAACUUUUUGAUGUUGCCCCUGUGGCUUUUCAUGUCCCCUUUUCUUAACCCGCUUCGCGUGACGGUGACCACACACACAAUCGAUCCGGCUUCCGGCUGUCUCCCCGACCUCUUUUCUCCCAUUUAUAACGUCCAACUUUUUCUUUUUCAUUUUUGUUGGAACCUCGAUUGUACUAUUUGAUUCUCCCUUCUUCCGGCCCGUCCAUAAAUCACUCUUUGUCGCUCUUGUGUUUCUAAUUCUCUUGAUUCUCAUCCAUCUGGAUUGUGUCUCGUCGUGGCGCUAAUUUCGACCAUCAACUUGCCGUACUCGUGUCAAUGUAUAACUCACCGCUCGCUCGCUCGCCAUUCGAGCGUGCUUGUAAAUAACCGAAUGAAAUGACUCAUCUAACAAUAA